AUGGGUUCUGGUCUUGACUUACAGAUUGCGGAAGGCGGAGCUGAAGCCAGUAUGAAAGCUUCACGUGCCCCCCUUCAUUCUCCGCCUCUCUACAGCAAAAUGGCGACUGUUGGCUUCGACUCGUCCGUAGAUGCAGAGAUGGACUUAACCAGCGACGAGGAGUUAGAGAGGGAAGCUGAAGGAUUUAAAGAGCAGGGAAAUGCCUAUUACAUCAAUAAGGACUAUGCUGAAGCAUUCAACUUUUACACCAAGGCCAUCGACCUGUGCCCAAAAAAUGCCAGUUACUAUGGCAACCGUGCAGCCACGCUGAUGAUGCUGAGCCGGUACAGAGAUGCAUUGGAGGACUCUCAGCAAGCUGUGCGACUAGACGACACCUUCAUGAAGGGUCACAUGCGUGAGGGUAAGUGCCACCUGUUGCUUGGCAAUGCAAUGGCUGCCAGCCGCUGCUUCCAGAAGAUUCUAGAUCUUGAACCUGACAACAGCCAGGCCCAACAGGAGCUGAAGACUGCAGAAUCUAUCCUGGAGUACGAGCGCAUGGCUGAGAUCAGCUUUGAGAAGCGAGACUUUAGAAUGGUGCUGUUCUGUAUGGAUCGGGCCCUAGAGCCUGCGUCUGCUUGUCACCGGUUCAAGGUGCUGAAGGCAGAAUGUCUGGCACUGCUAGGGCGCUACCCAGAGGCCCAGUCUGUUGCAAGUGACAUUUUGCGGAUGGACUCAACAAACGGCGAUGCCCUGUAUGUGCGGGGAUUAUGUCUGUACUAUGAAGACUGUAUUGAUAAGGCUGUCCAGUUCUUCAUUCAAGCACUACGGAUGGCACCCGACCACGAGAAGGCCCGUCUGGCCUGCAGAAAUGCUAAAGCCCUGAAGGCUAAGAAAGAGGAAGGUAACAAAGCAUUUAAAGAAGGCAGAUAUGAGGAAGCUUAUGACCUCUACUCUGAAGCUCUGACCAUCGACCCAAACAACAUCAAAACCAAUGCCAAGCUCUACUGCAACAGAGCCACAGUUGGAUCUAAGCUAAACAAACUGGAGCAGGCCAUCGAGGACUGCACAAAGGCUAUUAAACUGGAUGAGUCCUAUAUUAAGGCUUAUUUAAGAAGAGCGCAGUGUUACAUGGACAAAGAGCAGUAUGAAGAGGCCGUCAGAGACUAUGAGAAGGUGUAUCAAACAGAGAAGACUAAAGAACACAAGAAUCUGUUGAAGAACGCUCAGUUAGAGCUAAAGAAGAGCAAGAGAAAAGAUUAUUACAAAGUUCUGGGAGUGGAUAAAAAUGCCACUGAAGAUGAAAUCAAGAAGGCCUACCGCAAACGAGCAUUAAUGCACCAUCCAGAUCGACACAGUGGAGCGAGUGCUGAGGUGCAGAAGGAGGAAGAGAAAAAGUUUAAGGAGGUGGGCGAGGCCUUCACUGUGCUCUCUGACCCCAAGAAGAAGUCUCGUUAUGACAGCGGCCAUGAUCUGGAGGAUGAUGACAUGAAUAUGGACUUUGAUGCCAACAACAUCUUCAAAGCAUUCUUUGGGGCUCCUGGUGGGUUCAGUUUCGAAGGCAACUCAUCAUCUGGACCUGGAAAUUUCUUUUUUCAGUUUGGUUAACUUGGCUUCCAGCGUGUAUGCAGUAGUAUCUCAACCUCCGUAUUCCCCUGAACUGGACUGCCCCCACCCCCCCUUCCCCGCCCUCUGUACUACACUCUGGUGUAACGUGGCCUUUUGGCCCCACAGUUGGACCUGCAUCUGUGCCAUUGACUUGUUUUACUGCAAUUGCACAAAGAUGACAACGGCAGGGGCGUGACCAUUCUGUACCAGACAAACGUGAUCCAUUGCACAGCUUUCUCUGACAGUGUCCUUUUUGGUCCUUGUAGUACAGCUGUAUUUUUUGUUUUUAAGUCAUCCAAGUGCAUCACCAUUUUACAUUUGAGUUUUCAAGAAAAUUAAGAAUUCAAAAUUUUGGGGGAUUUUUCAGUUAUCAAAGAUCUCAACCACAAAGUGAGAUGAUGAAGGUCAUCUUUUUGCUAGAUGAGGGUAUCAUACUCAGAAUG